AUGGUGAAAAUUUGGAGUAUUUCUUUCCUCAUAUCUAGACAAGAAAACUCCUUUGAAAUUCAACUGUCCAGUAUGAACAGCACCAAGAACUUCAAGUGCUCCUACUGCAAGAAAGUGCUGAGUUCCAAACGUAACCUUGAGCAACAUGAGCGUGUGCAUACGGGUGAAAAGCCUUACCAAUGUUCAUUCUGUGAGAAAAGCUUCUCUGUGAAGAGCAACCUCGGAUUUCACAUUAAAUCACAUACAGGUGAAGCAAAGACUUAUGAGUGUGAGCUAUGUGGUAAGAAAUUACGUUCUGUACAAUCACUCAGGAAGCAUGAAAUGAUGCAUAGAAAUGAAAGGCCAUUACAAUGUGCAGUUUGUGAGAAAAGAUUCAUUGACAAGAGUAAUCUCAUUUAUCAUAUACAGACACAUACAUCUGAAAGAACAUUUGAAUGUUCACAGUGUGAAAAAAAAUUCUACUCAUAUAGAUGUUUGAAACGUCAUGAAGCAUUGCAUGCAAGUAUGAAGAAUUUCCAGUGUUCACAGUGUGAAAAAAAAUUCUUCUCAUAUAGAUGUUUGAAACGUCAUGAAGCAUUGCAUGCAAGUAUGAAGAAUUUCCAGUGUUCACAGUGUGAAAAAAAAUUCUUCUCAUAUAGAUGUUUGAAACGUCAUGAAGCAUUGCAUGCAAGUAUGAAGAAUUUCCAGUGUUCACAGUGUGAAAAAAAAUUCUUCUCAUAUAGAUGUUUGAAACGUCAUGAAGCAUUGCAUGCAAGUAUGAAGAAUUUCCAGUGUUCACAGUGUGAAAAAAAAUUCUUCUCAUAUAGAUGUUUGAAACGUCAUGAAGCAUUGCAUGCAAGUAUGAAGAAUUUCCAGUGUUCACAGUGUGAAAAAAAAUUCUUCUCAUAUAGAUGUUUGAAACGUCAUGAAGCAUUGCAUGCAAGUAUGAAGAAUUUCCAGUGUUCACAGUGUGAAAAAAAAUUCUUCUCAUAUAGAUGUUUGAAACGUCAUGAAGCAUUGCAUGCAAGUAUGAAGAAUUUCCAGUGUUCACAGUGUGAAAAAAAAUUCUUCUCAUAUAGAUGUUUGAAACGUCAUGAAGCAUUGCAUGCAAGUAUGAAGAAUUUCCAGUGUUCACAGUGUGAAAAAAAAUUCUUCUCAUAUAGAUGUUUGAAACGUCAUGAAGCAUUGCAUGCAAGUAUGAAGAAUUUCCAGUGUUCACAGUGUGAAAAAAAAUUCUUCUCAUAUAGAUGUUUGAAACGUCAUGAAGCAUUGCAUGCAAGUAUGAAGAAUUUCCAGUGUUCACAGUGUGAAAAAAAAUUCUUCUCAUAUAGAUGUUUGAAACGUCAUGAAGCAUUGCAUGCAAGUAUGAAGAAUUUCCAGUGUUCACAGUGUGAAAAAAAAUUCUUCUCAUAUAGAUGUUUGAAACGUCAUGAAGCAUUGCAUGCAAGUAUGAAGAAUUUCCAGUGUUCACAGUGUGAAAAAAAAUUCUUCUCAUAUAGAUGUUUGAAACGUCAUGAAGCAUUGCAUGCAAGUAUGAAGAAUUUCCAGUGUUCACAGUGUGAAAAAAAAUUCUUCUCAUAUAGAUGUUUGAAACGUCAUGAAGCAUUGCAUGCAAGUAUGAAGAAUUUCCAGUGUUCACAGUGUGAAAAAAAAUUCUUCUCAUAUAGAUGUUUGAAACGUCAUGAAGCAUUGCAUGCAAGUAUGAAGAAUUUCCAGUGUUCACAGUGUGAAAAAAAAUUCUUCUCAUAUAGAUGUUUGAAACGUCAUGAAGCAUUGCAUGCAAGUAUGAAGAAUUUCCAGUGUUCACAGUGUGAAAAAAAAUUCUUCUCAUAUAGAUGUUUGAAACGUCAUGAAGCAUUGCAUGCAAGUAUGAAGAAUUUCCAGUGUUCACAGUGUGAAAAAAAAUUCUUCUCAUAUAGAUGUUUGAAACGUCAUGAAGCAUUGCAUGCAAGUAUGAAGAAUUUCCAGUGUUCACAGUGUGAAAAAAAAUUCUUCUCAUAUAGAUGUUUGAAACGUCAUGAAGCAUUGCAUGCAAGUAUGAAGAAUUUCCAGUGUUCACAGUGUGAAAAAGAAUUUGUUACAAAAAGUAGGCUAACCAUGCAUGAGAAAACUCAUAUAGGGAAAAAAAAAUUUACUUGUGCACACUGCGACAAAACAUUUCUAGUUAAGGGCAACUUAAGAAUGCACAUAAAGACGCACACAGGAGACAAACCGUUCAAAUGUUCAUACUGUGAUAAAUUUUUUCUAAGGAAGGCUGAUAUGGAAAGGCAUAUAAAUAUCCACACAGGGGAGACACCAUUUAGCUGCCAGUACUGCAAUAAGAAGUUCAAUUGCAGAUCAAACUGUAAACAGCAUGAGAAAAUCCACACCAGGGAGAAACCCUAUGAAUGUUCACUGUGCAGCAUGAAGUUCACCUUGAAGAAUGAAUUAUACAAACAUGAAAAGUCUCAUAUUAAAGGAAAAGGAAAGUCAGACCUGGGAGAGGACUUUGCUAGUCUAUCAACAUCAAGAAAACAUGAGAUGUCAAAUGAGAGGGAAGACAGUGUCAUUCCCUCCAACCAGGUAUCAGGAUUUCACAUCAAGGAUAGUGACCUUGGCGCACAGGAUAAAAACAUUACUGUACCGGAUAAUGACCUUAGUGUGCAGGAAAAUAAGUGUGUUGUACAAGUUGACAUACAGAAUAGUAACUCAGCUGAAGUACAGUUUGGAUGUUCACAGUGUGAGAAGAACUUUAAGUCCAAAGCAAGUUUAAGAAGACAUGAAAAAGGAAAACAUAUAAUCAAGAAGCCUUUGCUCUGUAUACAGUGUGAUAUGAAAUUUAUGACUGAGCUGGAUUUACAGGAACAUGAGAAGAAGCACAGUAGCAAGCAGGAGUUUUUAUGCCAAUAUUGUGAUGAGAAAUUCCUUCAGAAAAAAGACCUUACAGAGCAUCUAAACAAAACUGAUAGUGAUAAGGAUUUCAAGUGUUCUUAUUGCAUUAAAAUUUUUGAAGCUGAAUGCAUCCUCAGAAAUCAUGUAAAAAUUGACCAUGGUGUAAAUCCAUUGAAGUGUCCCCUCUGUGAUGAGGAGUUUCUCUGGGAAUCUCAGCUGAAUAAACAUGUUGCAAGUCAUUCAGGUAAGGGACAGCAAGAGUCAAGGGUAAAAUCCCCAAUAUCUGGUAUUUUAUCAGAAGAAGGCCAGAAGGAAGCUAGGAGUGAAUACAUGGCUGGGAAGUCAUCACCAAAAGCAUUAGUAAAAGAGGAGGGGCCUUCCCAACAGAUACAAAAUGGAUCUCCCACAAAGGAUGCUUAUUCUUCUACUCUCAGUGCAAAGAUACACCCAGGUAGUAAACGAUUUGAAUGUUCAUACUGUAAUAGAAGAUUUACCCUUAAAUGUAGCUUAAAAGAUCAUGAGGAAAGAAUGCACUCUAGUAUUGAGAAAUAUCAUUGUUCUCAGUGUGAUAAGAAAUUCAAGGCAAAGUGUGACUUUUAUAAGCAUAAAAGGAGACAUAGUAGACCGUACCAGUGUUCACUGUGCAAUUUAAAGUUUCCUUACCCAUUGCAAUUGAAAAAGCAUGAGAGAGUUCAUAAAAACAAAAAAAGCUUUGCUUGUAUGCAUUGUGAACAGAAGUUCAAGCUUUUGUCAGAUCUUAAUACCCAUUUAGGAACUAAUGCUGGGGAAGAACAUUUCUGGUGUUACUCUUGUGAUAAAAAAUUUGAAGCUAAAUGUCUUUUAAAGAAACAUAUGGAAAUACACAAAGAUGAAAAAAUGAAGGGCUGUCCAUACUGUGAUGUGAAAUUCCAUAGCAGAUCUGAGCUCAAAUAUCAUCUGAUGAUCCAUAAAACUCAGGAAGGCUUUGACAGUAAAGAUAAAUUUUCCAUCUCAGCUGCUUUAGGGAAAGAUAAAGAUAAAGGGCAGAUCAAGGAGGGGAUUGACCAAGUACUGUGUAGCCCAAGUUCAGGGGAAAGACCCCCAGUAGGCUCACAAGAGGAUGAAAAGUUAUCACCCUCCCAGCUGGUGCAAGGUGCAAGUCAAACUCCAAAUAGUCCUUCUAGCAAAAAUGUUGGAAAGAUGCUUGCAAAUCAAAAACCAUUUGCAUGUCUAAUUUGCAAGAAAAGAUUAAGCUCUUUGGCCACCUUACAAAAACAUACGAGGAGAAAACAUGAUUUGCAUAAACCUUUCCAGUGUUCACAGUGUGAGAAGAACUUUAAGUCCAAAGCAAGUUUAAGAAGACAUGAAAAAGGAAAACAUAUAAUCAAGAAAGCCUUUGCUCUGUAUACAGUGUGA